UAGCAAAGGCUAAUAUUUCGUUUCGUUGAAUAAAACAAGAAUUUAAAUUUCCUCAUAAAAAUAGUCCAAAACAAAUCAUGUUCAUGUUUAAAAAAUUGAAAGAAAUUAGCAAUGGGAUCAAGAGCGGGAUCAAAAAACCUAGUGCUCCUGAGAGUGAAAAUGAUACUCACAGGGAAUCAGCAAUUGACCAAAAAGAUAAGGACUUUGUCAAGAGAAAACUCAAGUUUGAAGAAAUGCAAAAUGUUUUAGAUACAGAAGGAGACUGUAAUAGAUUCUAUCAGCCUGGUAUGGACAUGAGAAUUUCAGAAGAUUCUUUCCUCCAAGCAAUGGAACAAGGUGAAGAAAAAGAUCUAAGACUAAAGAGACUGUUCAAAUUCAGAGCUAAGAAGCUAAUGGAGAGGGCGGAGAGCUUGAUCUCCAAUCACUAUGAAGAUAACCUCGAAGACUUCAGUAUGAAAGAGGAAGAAGAGAAAGAAGUGGCUCAAGAUCCUCAGAAUUCCAAGAAAAUAUUAAUCAACGAACAACCUAACUCUCUUUCCAUUGACCUUGGGCUUAGUGCAAAGAGCAAGGAUGAAAUUGAAGAAAAGAAAGGAGAUGUUACUGAGGAAGAAAAACAUAAGUCCAGGCAAGAGAGUAAUAAACUAUGCGGAAGAAAGAGAGCGAAAAAUCUCAGAAACAAAGAAGAGCUUGAAUCAAGCCUAAAAGAUUUCACCUGCACUAUUUGAAUGGAUUACAUGGUUGGUGCAAAGAAAUUACAAUGAGGCCAUUGCUUCUGUGAUCAAUGAAUCUCCUUCUGGUUCCUUCGUGAAAAGUUCUGUCCUAUUUGUAAAGAGAGAGUCAGAGAAGAUAAGAAUACUGAGUGCAACCUUAUUGACUUUGCAGUUGAAAAUAUUCUCAUAAGAGGAUCACCUGAUUUUGACAGCUUGAAAGAAGAUCUCAAAAAUUGGCAAAAUAGAAGGACACAAUACUUAGAAUGGAAAAAUUCCCACCGAUUGGUUAAUAUCUCUAUUGGAGAAAAGAUCGAUGUUCGUGAUACUGAAUACAUUUGGUGCAAAGGAAGUAUUGAAAGGAUUCUCAAAAGCAGAUACAACUGAGAAGAUCUCUACUUCGUUCAUUAUGAAGGAUGGAGUAGAUGCUAUGAUGAGUACAUCCCAGCUGACUCUGAUAGAAUAGCUCCUCAUGGUUUCUAUACCUCAAGGAAUGAUAUCCCAAAAUAUACAAGACAUGAAGGCCCAGAUGAAAGAGUCUAUGGAAAUGUAGUUGAAGGAGGAAAUGAGUCACCAAGAAAUAAUAGACAAGAAAAUAAUGCUGAAGAUAAUGAACAAAUACAGUCUGGCAACGAUCAAGCACGACCUGAACCUUCCGGAGAACAACCGAAUCAAUCUUCUAAUGACGAAGAAAAAGAAGAGGAGGAAGCACAAGUUCCUAAUAGGACUAAUGUUCCACCAAGAAAUAGGCCAGGAGACUCAGUACGAAGAAUUGGGGGAGCAAAUUCAGCAUUGUUAGAAAGCUACAGAAGGAGCAGACAGACGCGUCCUCAGAGUAGGAGAGGAAAUAGAGCAGCUAGACAAGGAAUCGAUGAAAUAUUUUCAGAGAUUAUUGGUUCUUAUGAUAAUGCUCAUCAAAGUUUGGGCAAUUCAAUUAUCAGAAGUAUCCAAAUGAGACCUAUUCCUUCUAAUAUAUCCAUACCUCCAAUUAUUGUACAGCCAAGAACUCAAAGUGAAGGAGAUACAAACCAACAAGUCGCUGAUAGAAGCGAGGCUAUGACUAGUACUGCAGUAAAUGACCAGACCCAACUUUCCGAAAUUCCUGAAGAAUCCCAAGGAGAAAGUCAAGAGCAUAGAAAUGAAUCUCGAGAUGAUCCUGCUGUCCAGAAGUAAUUGGAAUAAAAUAUCAGGUAAUACUAUUCGAUCCAAGAAGACUUAGCCUAAAUAGUUUCAAAAAUUUCCUUUAUUCAACAUUUAUAUUC